AUGCUCGCCGUAUCGAGCGGGUCUAGUCCUCACCACGCCCGGGUAGCAUAUCGCUGUACACGAAGUCUGCACUCGACUGCUGCUCUCUUCUCGAGCUCCUCCGACUUCAGGUCUAGCUUUUCAGGCCAAGGCUUCACUGGCUACUAUGAGCCAGGUGACACAGAAGGUCCUUUGCGGAAAGCCUCUAACAUCGGCGCACCAAAGAUCACCCCGCGUGCUCUCAAGAAGCAUCUGGAUCAGUUUGUAGUCGGCCAGGAGAGAGCGAAAAAGGUCCUCAGCUCAACCAUCUACAACCACUAUCAAAGGAUCCAAGAGAUCCAGCGUCAACAUGAGGAAGCACAAGAGAUGCUCGAGCGCCAGGCUAGGAGAUCAAGGCAUCCGGUAGAGGAUGAAUUCCCUGGCCAUCACGCCACGAUACACGCCUGGGUCCCGCCGUCUCCCCCUCCGUCGCACUCCUCCCUAGACGAUACAUCUCCCUUGACCAUCGAAAAGUCCAACAUCAUGCUGCUUGGCCCAUCAGGAGUUGGCAAAACCCUCAUGGCGAAGACAUUGGCUAGAGUACUCGACGUACCUUUCAGCAUGUCAGACUGUACUCCGUUUACACAAGCAGGCUAUAUCGGUGAGGAUGCAGAUGUAUGUGUACAACGGUUGCUGGCCGCCGCAAACUACGACGUAGAGAAGGCCGAACAUGGCAUCAUCUGUCUUGACGAGAUCGACAAGAUCGCAACGGCCAAGGUGUCACAUGGGAAAGACGUCGGCGGAGAAGGUGUGCAGCAGGCUUUGCUCAAAAUCAUCGAGGGCACCACACUACAGAUCCAAGCGAAGCAAGAAAGAGGGAACAACUCGAAUCGCAACAACAAUCAACACCCAAGCGGGCCCCUUACAAACAGCCCGCUGAGCAGUGGGGGCGCGGCCGGAGGCAUGGGUCAGGCACCAGGCAAGAGCGAGGUCUUCAAUGUGAAUACAAGCAAUAUUCUCUUCAUAUGCACAGGCGCAUUCAGUGGUCUGCACAAGACCAUUCUCGAUCGUGUAGCAAAAGGAGGCAUCGGAUUUGGUGCCAAUGUACGAUCAAGUACUUCUCAAGAUGGCGGAGCUCAGGAGACAACCAUCACGGAUGACGACGAAAUGAUCCGCAAACAUCUCCCAUACUAUAUGCCGCCAGCUUCCGAGGAGGACUCAUAUGACCCUUCUUCGAAAAGCAAGAAGGCUACAUACAACAUCUUGGAUCUCGUUGAGCCGCAGGAUCUACAAAAAUAUGGCAUGAUUCCUGAGUUAGUCGGUCGUAUACCUAUUUCUUGUGCACUGUCCGCGCUGGACGUGGAUGCCUUGGUCAAGGUCCUUACCGAGCCGCGAAACUCAUUGCUGAAGCAAUACGAACAACUCUUCCGGCUCUCUUCGAUAGAGCUAAGAAUCACAACUGCCGCUCUUCACGCUAUUGCGCAGACUGCCUUCACAAUGGGAACUGGUGCCAGAGGUCUCCGCACUGUGCUGGAGAGACUGCUUGGAGAGAGUAUGUUUGAAGCGCCUGGCUCGGAUAUUAAGCAUAUUGCCGUGACCGAGGAUGUUGCAAAGAGGAACUCACCAGCAUUGUACUUCACAAGAGAUGGCAAAACGAGAUUCCACGCUCUGAUCGCUAGAGAGGAAGAAGAAUGGGAAGAUCGUAAACGUGGCGAAGAACCCAUGGAGAGCGACAUGGAGCGCAGAGCAAGGGCAAACAGCCGAGGUGGACACGCCACGACUUUCGAGGAAUACCGACAGAAAGCGACUGCUGCUGGGUUCACUUGA